GUCCCGCUCCCCACCCCACAGAGGGUCACCGGGCACCCCUUGGCCUCGGCCACUUUGAGCUCUGUCCCCACCGCUGCCUCCUGCUCAUCCCCAAUGGCCCCUUUCCACCAAAAACCGCCCCAGUUUUGCAGGGAUCCUCCUGUUCCCGCUGGUUUUGGAUGCUCUGGGCUCUUCCCCUCCGCUUGCUGCUCUUCCCGUUGGUCUCUGUCUUUGGGGCUUGGCAAAAAAUUUGGGCUGGGAGUGGGGCCGGUGGGAUUUGGUGGCAAGCAGGCUUUUGGGGCGGUAUGGGUGGGUUUUGCAUUGCCCUGGCUGUCACCCUCGUGCUGUGUUUUUGGGGAGGGUGAGUGCCUGCGUGCCCCAGGCUUGAGCCGCAAAGCAAACCAUGUUUCUCAGCUUGUUUCCAAGUGGUGCCCCCAGGGAGCUGCAAGUCGGGUGCUGGGGCUGUGUCCUGUGCCGGAGCCAUGCUGGCCUCUGCCAGCAUCCAGGAAUUCCGCUCCCGGCCACUGAUGCGCUUUAAUCUGCAGCCCGCACUGCAAGGGGCCGUUUUGCUCAUUUUCUAGCCAUUCCCUUUUCCCAGCAGCUUUGCUAAGCCAAAGAGCCCAAGUCUGGGGUGCAGCUCCCUCCUCUCCAAUGCUGUCCUCAGGAUUCAGCAGCCGGGACUUUAACCGGGGACACGUUUCUCUGGCUGGCGUUGGGCCGAUGUCUCCUGCAAACCAGGCACUUUCUACCCGCUAAUGCCAUCUGCCCGGAGGCUGCCCCCAUCCUGCUCCCCUCCUGGCCUGGCUGCUUCUGUCUGCCCACGCAGUCUCCUCUGUUGUGGAAGCCUUGUUCUGCCAGGAGCAGGGUGACACAUGAAUGCAGAUGUUAGGGGAAGAGUUAAAGGAGGAAAGCUGGAGGUUUCUCAGGAGCAUUUCCAAGAGCUAAGUGCAAGUCUUCCCGCGGUGCGGCUGGACUCGGUGCAGAGCAGUGGCUAACAGUGUUUACACGAGCACUUGUGAUGCUGUGGACCUAAUUGCGGGGUUCUUUUUCCUAUAGUUUUCACCAAACAUCUAAUUAAGCUGUCGAAAGUGCAUCUCUGCAGGUUGGCAGCACCGCUGGGCUGGCACAGCCGCCUGCCCCGGCCCUGAUCUGAUGUUGAGCAUGUGGGGGCUGCUCUUACAAAAUUCGAGUCCUAUGUAAAUACCAGCAGGUAUUAGGGACUGAGUCAUGGUAUUAAUAGGAUUAUUAUAUGCGUGACUGGACAGAUUUCUUGCUGAGGAUGGGAUUUGCUCCCUCCACCCUGCCUCACUUGGCUCAUCUGGAGGGUUGGGCAUCCCAUGCUGCUGGGAUGGAUGUGCUGUUUGGGCUCUCGGCUUUUGGGAAAGAAGGUCCUGAGCAUCUCCCGGCUAGUGAGCACUCGGUCCUCACUGCUUUCCAUCGUCCUCACAUUGGCCUAGGGCUCCUUGCGUGGACAUGGCAGUGGUAGGAGAGUUGGCUCCAGGCUGCGAGGAGCCAAACCGCUUCAUGCUUCGGCCGGGGCUAUGGGCAGGGGCAGGGUGGGGUGGGCACCCAGUAGUAUCCGUGGGGAGGGUUUGGGAUGUCUCAUGUUUCCCUGCCAGCAUCCUUCUGCUCCCUAAACCUUUUCCCGUAAAGUCCCACAGCUCUCCCCUGGCAUUUAAUCAAUCCCCUCUACACCUGCAUGGGUUUGGGGCUGAGAAAGCUUCACUGCAUGUUUGCGUUGAUGUGUGUUAUGGCCCGGAGGGUUGUUCUGGCCCCAGGCUGAGCUCUGCGGUGUCCCCGCUCCCUGGGGACCAUGGCCCGUGCUGGUCUGUGCCGCAGGGGCUGCUCCCCAGCAGCUGUGGGGACGGCUGUCCCUUUGGGGACCUUCAGGCGCUGUGUGAGCAAGGCAAAGCGCGCAAGACGGAGAGAAGUAAGGUUGUGACCCCAGGGUGGCAUGGGGACAGCCCAGGAUUCCCAGUGGCAUCCCUGGCGGUGGCAUCCCUGGUGGCAUUGGCUCCCAGCCCUCCUGCCUGGUGCCGCCUCUGCACCUGCUUGCAGCAACCUCCUCCGGCUGGUUUUGCUGUGGGCACGGCCAAAUCCUGCACAUGGUCAGCAAUUAGCACUCGGGGCUAAUUGCUGCACAGCAAUAGCUCGUCCAGCGAUUAGCACUGGGGGAGCCGCUUGCCCAGGCUUGGUUCCCACAACGAGCCGGCUGCCGGCACAUGGUCCAGAAAUCAACUUGUCCCUGGGGCGGGGGCGAAGCCUUCGCUCGGCAUGUCCUGGCAUUUCCAAGGAGCUGGGAAAGGAGCGGGGUGAAGCGAGGAGGCGGAUGAGAGCGUUUCCCACCACCUGCAACUCCCUGCACAGCUUCCCAGGCCACCCUUUUGCUCGCUGCAUGCCGGCGGGCACCCGCCUGCGUCAGCCUCAUGGUGAGGGAAGUAAAACCUUCGCCAGACCGUGACAUUUUGCAGGUUGAUAACUUCCUGCUGAGCUGAAGUGAGUUAGUAACAAACCCUUCGGGGACCUCCUCCUCCUCUCCAGAGAAGUGGUGCUUUUGGCAAGACCUAGGGAUGAUUUUUCUGGGUGGCCGAUGAAAGCGGCUUUCCUCGCCCUGCCCGUGCCAGCUUCCUGCUCUCAGGGUUGGUAAUAUCACAGCGGCAAACUGUCCCUUGCGUCACCGCUGCUGCGGUCCAGAGGCAGCAGGGAAAUGCCCUCCCACCGUGACACAGCUUCUGCCACCACCGGCUUCAUGCCGGGCAGGGACAGAGCCAUGCCUGGCGCUGCAGCACGUGGAGGUGGUCGUGUGUGCACGGGGUCCUGUGCCGCAUGGCUGCAUCCAGGCCUGGAGAGCUGGUUUUUCCCUCGGGCUUCCCCAUCAGGUCCAUGCCUCUUGUCGUCACGUCCUGCAGCCAGAGCAUGGCCUCUCCUCUUCCUCCUUGUUCGCUGACCAAGGCUUGUCCAUGCAUUCCCCCCGCAGACGGUUAUUCCCAGGGAUGCUCUCCUGCGCAGCUCCGGGGUCUCGUGUGGGAAGGACACAGCGGCCACCACGUGUCCAGGGGUGCGAGUGUGUGGGCAGACGGGGCAGGGAAGGACCGUGGGGGUAGGAGGGUCGGGGUGCUGUGGGGCAGCCCUGCUCCUCUCCCCUCCCCAUAGCCACGUGCUGCUAGCAGGCUUAGUCACAACCACGUCAGUUCUCUGCAACCUGUCUGAGUCCUCCCCAUCCGGGGGCAGCCUGGGGAGCUGUGGGCCGAGGGCUGAGCGCUGGCUGGAUGCCGCCUUCGCCUCCUCUCCCUGCCGGCAGUGACCAGCGCUGCCUGGCAUACCCGUCGGCAGAGCCAGGAAAAAUCCUCCCCCAGGGAGAUGCCGUGCCACCACAACCUGAGUGGCAAGAGCCUUUCCACAGCAAGUUGCUCCCGUGCACGCUCCCACACCCCGGAAGGUCUCUGUGGUUGUACGAGUGACUCUUUCCUAUAGGGGUGUGUACGUGCGUGUGUGCGUAUGCUGGUGCAGAGGUGUGGUUUUGUGUCUUGCUUAAAUUUAGCAGCUGUAAGGAAAUAGGACGGGACAGCUCUGGUUCACAGCACGGAUCUGUAUGCCCAGUGUCCUGCCUCUUGCUUGUGGCAGCACGUUGCAGAGCCCCUGGCUUUGGCUCCAGCCAGCUUCAAUCUUUCCUUCUGUAUGUGAAGGCAGGGUUGGUUUUAUGAUAUGCAUCGAUUUGCAUUUAUUUACACUGAAUUUCAUCUGUAGUUUUGCAUGUCUAGAAAAUCUUCCAGAAAGUUAGCUUAGGUCCAAAAGUCUCUCUCGGCCACCUUGCCAUUUCUGAUUGCUACAGAAAGAAGAUGAUGUGAAUGGGCUGUAAGAACCAGACGAGAUGGAUGGAGAGCUGCCCUGCACUGAGGUGGAUGGAGAAGUGUCCUCUGCCACGGAGGAUCUGGGAGGAGAGGUGCCCUGUGUGGAGACCAACACAAAAGAAGAGGCACCUUGUGCUGAGAGCAGCGUGGAAGGAGAGAUGCCCGGCACUGACAGUGAUGAGGAAGGGGAAAUGCCCUGUGCCGAGAGUGACGCAAAAGGAGAGGCAUCUUGCUAUGAGAGUGAUGGGGAAGAAGUACCAGAUACUGAAAUCCCCCCUGUUUCAAAGAAAAUGUCUUCUAUUUCUUCUCCGUUGAGGGCAAUCAUCCGCCUGCGACGACAAUACCGGGUGCAAAAGAAAAGCCGCCUGCAUUUAGAGCUCCCUCGAGAAAAGUCUUCAGAGCUUGUCCAUAGAAGGCUGCUUCAAAGGCAGCUUUCCCUGAACCGAACUAGCCUGUAUGGCCCUUCCAUGUCCUUCUUUAAUCAGACCAGCUUUGAGACUUCCCAGUACUUCACCUUUGACACAUCUGUGGAGCAGUGUUCUAUGAAAAAAUGCAGGCGGAAAAAGAAUCGAAGGAAAUCUAGGAUAGUCCUGUAUCCAGACAAAACAAAAAGAUACCUUCCAACAGAGGAGAAGAGCAAGGCAAAACGCUGCCUCCUCUUGCUCAUUGUCAUUAUCUUCUUUCAGAUUCUCAAUGCAAUAGAGAACCUGGAUGAUAACCUCCAAAAAUACGACCUAGAUGGUUUGGAGAAAACAAUGCACCGGGAAGUAUUUGGGCAGAAGGUUGCUGUGGAAAGUAUUAUGGAAUUACUGAAAGACUAUCUGGCUACCCACAUACACAACAAGCCUCUAGUAAUCUCUUUAAAUGGCCCGACAGGAGUUGGGAAGAGUCAUGUUGGCUGGCUGCUGGCUAAACAUUUUCGUUCCGUCAUGGACAAUGACUUUGUGCUUCAGUACUUUGUUAUGCAUCACUGCCCCAACGAGGUGGCUUCUCUUACUUGUGAAAUAGAUUUGUCUAAGAAGAUUUCUGACAUGGUUACAAGAGCUGAAAUAGAAGAGAAGAUACCAUUGUUUAUUCUGGAUGAGGUUGAACUCAUGUCUCCAGUCCUGCUGGAUACUCUCAGCCGAUUCUUUGAACCCAAUCAAACCAACGAGUUCCUCAACGCCAUCUACAUUUUAAUAAGCAACAUAGGAGGUGGUGAAAUAACCAAGUUUGUUAUCCAGAAUGCAUCUGCUGAGGUUCUGCAUCAGCAAAGGGGACUUGAAGAACUGCUGAGUAUCAUCCAGCCUGUACUGAUUGAUGUCCACCCCCUCUGGAAAUCUGCAGACAUCAUCCCAUUUGUUCUUCUGGAGAAAAGUCACGUCAUAAACUGCUUCCUAGAGGAGAUGAGGAGGGAAGGGCUGUAUCCUGACCAGAAGCAUAUUGAAAAUUUAGCGAGUCAGCUCAGUUACUACACUACAGGGGACAAGCAGUACUCCAGGAUGGGCUGCAAGCAGGUUGUGGCCAAAGUCAACCUGCUGUAGUGACUUACUGCAGAGGCCAAUUCCUGCUCUCAGGAUUUGCAAAAUUCUGGGCUUAUGGAGGAGUACGUUACAGCAGGUCAAGGUGUCCUUUCUCAGGCCUGCACUGACUCUGUCCUGGUCAAGGUGGAGGGAUGGCAGCCAGGGCUCCUCUGCAACAUGGUCUCUGUUCUCCUCCAGAUGCUUCACAUGUUCCUAAUGUUCUGUGAAUAAGGCACAGGCAACAAAGCCCAAGCAACCAGCCAUUAAUUGUGAGAUGCUUUGUUCCUCACAUGCUCAUUUGGGAUACUUUGUCAUUAAGGAGUUGUGAGAUGAGGACAGACGCUGUGGGAUAUAAACAAGAGGAGGAAAUAGUAACUGGGUUACUGUCCCUGCAGUACACGUAGCCAUGUCUCACUCUUUCUCCAGGCUCACAGUCUUCAACUCUUUGCUUUUCUUGGUCCUGUCUGGUGAUGUGCAGAGCAGAAGCCAUGCUGGACGCCUGGGAGAAUUGAGAGAAUUUGUGGCUCCUCAUCCCCCAAAUGCAUGGGCAGUCAGAACUCUGAUUUCCCCAUCUCCUACGUGACCACGCGCUCUGGAGACUGCUUUUUGGACCCAUUCCUGAGUUCUUGCUCUUCUGAGCUCAUACCUGAGCUCACCUUUGGCACCUCCAGCGAGAUUUCUGCCCUGCAAUUUCUGUUUGGGCUCGUCUUGAAGACUGCUCAGCUGCGCCAGCCAGUGCAGAAAUAACCGCUGGAUUGUUUCAGGUCUGGUGGUGGCAACUCCUCCUGCGAGCUCUUCUGCUUUUUGCUUCUGGGUACACUUCACCACACUCAUUAUCUAGAAAGCACAAAAUAGCAGCUGGCAUAUAUUAAGCAACACACACUGGCAAAGGCAGUUUAGGCUGGCUGGGCCAAGUGCAGUGGGAGUCCUCGGCUUGUUCCCAGUCCUGCGAGGCCAAGGAGAGGUUCUUUGCCAUUGAGACCCUGGAGAGAGCAUGCUGCCUGGAAGCACCUCGGGAAAAGCACAUGUCUUUGUUUUGAGCAGGCAAACUGAGCAGGUAUUUAUGACAUUGCUGUUUUGGUUUUGUGCCUAAAUCCCCUUCUACAAUUUGCUGUGAAUUAUCAUACACAUAAUCCUGUGGAUGUUUGCACUGGUUGUUUGAUUUCCUCUUUCUAAUUGUUGGUCUCCAAAGACUUCCAUCACAAACUCCUGCUUCCAGAGCUAUUGUCAGGAAUAAAUCCAAACUAUCCUGAAUAAAAUCAUUCAAAGUACA